CCGAGCCGAGCCCAAGCGAGCCCGGCCGCGCUGGCUCCUUUGUCUGCAGGCGGCUGGCGGCCCCGGCCCCCGGGCCCCCGGGCCCCCAGGCCCGGGCUGUGAGAUGAAUCCCUAAUCGGGGGCUGCCGAGCAUCAGGGGCGAGGCGGCAGCGGCUCGGGCUCCGGAUGCUCUGCUUAGUGAGCUUGCCCCACCACCAUACCCUCUCAGAGUGACCAUGGAUCCUGGAGCAGGGCCUGACACGUCUCUGACUGUCAACGAACAGGUCAUUGUGAUGUCUGGUCAUGAGACAAUCCGAGUACUGGAAGUUGGAGUGGAUACCCAGCUUCCAGCCGAAAAUGAAGGCAAAGGCCUGGAGGGUAUGACAGCUGACACCUCCCAGAGUGGCGGCCCCAUCGAGGCAGAGAAAUCUACCCAAGAAACGGGGCCAGAACAUCCAGACCCCUCUGCAGAGGCAACUGUGAAAUCACUGACCGGGAUCACACCCAACCCUGUGCCCACUGCCACCACCUUUAACCAAGCACCUACCCAGCCUCCAGCACCACAGACCCUAACACCCCUGGCUGUACAAGCUGCUCCCCAGGUCUUGACUCAGGAAAACUUAGCAACAGUUCUGACAGGAGUAAUGGUUCCAGCAGGAGCUGUUACUCAACCUCUUCUUAUCCCCAUCAGUAUUGCAGGUCAAGUGACUGGUCAGCAGGGGCUGGCCGUGUGGACAAUUCCUACAGCAACCGUGGCUGCCCUCCCAGGACUGACCGCUGCUUCUCCCACGGGGGGGAUUUUCAAACCGCCCUUAGCUGGUUUGCAAGCGGCUGCUGUCCUGAACACUGCUCUACCAGCUCCUGUGCAACCUGCACCGCCCCUGCAGGUUUCCCCGCCUGUCCAGCCCCGGCCUUCUGCGGCCCAGUCCCAGACGCUGUUCCAGCCCCAGCCACUGCUGCAGACCCCACCUGCCAUCCUGCCACAGCCUGCUGCCACCCCUGCCCCCAAGCCAGCAGACACUCCUACGCAGAUCACAGUCCAGCCUGCAGGCUUCGCAUUUAAUCCAGGAAUCAUCAGUGCUGCCUCCCUUGGGGGACAGACCCAGAUCCUGGGCUCACUGACCACCACCCCAGUGAUCGCCAAUGCCAUUCCCAGUGUGCCUGGGAUCACAAGUCAGAUCUUGACCAACGCACAAGGGCAGGUCAUUGGAACUCUUCCAUGGGUGGUGAACUCAGCCAGCAUAGCAGCCCCAGCUCCAGCACAGAAUCUACAGGUCCAAGCUGUGACCCCCCAGCUACUACUGAAUGCCCAGGGGCAAGUCAUUGCUACACUGGCCAGCAGCCCUCUUCCCCCUGCAGCUGUCCGGAAGCCCAGUACCUCAGAGUCACCUGCCAAGAGUGAGGUGCAGCCCAUCCAGCCCACACCAGCUGCGUCCCAACCAGCUGUGGUCAUCAGCAGCCCAGCCCCAGCAGCCAAGCCUUCUGCCUCUGCUCCUAUCCCAAUUACCUGUUCAGAGACUCCUACUGUCAGCCAGCUGGUAUCUAAGCCCCAAGCCCCAAGUCUGGAUGAAGAUGGGAUAAACUUAGAAGAGAUCCGGGAGUUUGCUAAGAACUUUAAGAUCCGGCGGCUCUCCCUGGGCCUCACCCAGACUCAGGUGGGCCAGGCUUUGACUGCCACGGAAGGACCUGCCUAUAGCCAGUCAGCAAUAUGCCGGUUUGAGAAGUUAGACAUCACCCCCAAGAGUGCCCAAAAGCUGAAACCUGUGCUGGAGAAGUGGCUAAACGAGGCAGAACUUCGAAACCAGGAGGGCCAGCAAAACCUGAUGGAAUUUGUAGGUGGAGAACCCUCCAAGAAACGGAAACGACGCACCUCCUUCACCCCGCAGGCCAUUGAGGCCCUUAAUGCCUACUUCGAAAAGAACCCUCUCCCCACUGGUCAGGAGAUCACAGAGAUUGCUAAGGAGCUCAACUAUGACCGAGAAGUUGUGAGGGUCUGGUUCUGCAACCGACGCCAGACACUUAAGAACACCAGCAAGCUGAAUGUCUUUCAGAUUCCCUAGGGGCUUGGGGGAGAGGACCCUUCCCCUCCCCAGGGCCUGCGUUUUAGCACUUUGGAUUCUUCCCCUGGCACUUCAGCC